CAAAAACAAAAAAAAGCUCUCUCGCUCUUUGUCUGGACAGUGACUGCUCUCUCUCCUCCUUUACCAUCUAGUUAGCAGCCUAUAUCUCUGGCCACCCUAUAAGGCCAUAACCUUUCUCCAUGGCAUCAUUCUCACUCUCAAAGCAGCUAAGCUCUCUGUUCCUGGUAAUAUCCAUUGUGGGUAUGCUUGGAACUUUCAUCAAUAUUGUGGGGGUAGAUGGAGCAACUUCUUCUUCUUCUUCUUCUUCUUCUUCUUCAACUUGGUGUGUGGCAAGAAGUGAUGCUACCACCCAAGCCCUUCAGACAGGCUUAGACUAUGCAUGCGGGGCUGGUGCUGACUGUUCCCCAUUACAAUCCACUGGCCUCUGUUAUCUUCCAAACACAAUCCAAGCUCAUGCCUCUUAUGCCUUCAACAGUUAUUAUCAGCGCAAGGCUAUGGCUCCUGGCUCUUGUGACUUCGCUGGCACUUCCACCAUUGCUCAAACCGAUCCCAGUUAUGGAUCUUGUGUGUACCCAUCUUCUGCAAGCACGGCUGGAGGGACAGCUACACCAACCACGCCACCAGCUACAGGCAUUUUCAGUGCACCAACAACGCCUACGACACCAACAUUUGGCGGGGGUAGCGUUACUGGAUUCACUCCGGGAAUGACCCCGACGAUCCCUGACUCUGACGACAACUCAAAAGCAUCCCUGGAGUCCAUGAUCCCAACAAUCUUGAUGCAUGUGUCCUUCAUGUUUGUUCUUUCAUUUACCCUAAACUAAACCCAUGUGGCUCGUUUAUUUAUUUAUUUAAUCUUAUAGUUAUAGCAGGAGUAGCAUUGCCCUACGUGGAAAAGAGGUUAUACAUUUUUUGUUAGAAGUUGGAACCUUCUUUGUCCACUUCCAUCUAGCUAAGCCUCUCAAUUAAUCUUGUGCCAAACUUUGUAGC